AUGGUGCAAGCUGACCAUGAAGAGGACACUUUUGAUAACAGCAUAGUCCCAGACUCCCAACCUGUGAGAAAGGAAAGCUCAUUUUCACCUGCUAUCUGGAGCUUGAACUCUAGUAAAAGGAGAAUCUCUGUAUCUGGAUCACUGCUGGCUCUGCAAAAAGAUUGCUCUAAAAACGGCACUAUAUCAGAUGGUAGUUCUCAUCCCCCUCCUCAGCGUCUGUCCCCGGCACAGUGUGCAUCCAGAGCCCUGACCCACAAGCAGCUGCACACCCAGCUCACUCAGAGAUUGGAGGAGGUGGUGAGGGAGCAGCAGGGUACAGAUGGCCGUACAGCCCAGAGAGGCUCCUCACUGGAGCCCAGGACUGCAGGUCAAGAGAAAGAAAAUAUGGAGAAGUCAGUGAAGUCCAUGCCUGCUAGACCUGCACAACAGAGAAGGAAGAGUAGUGAAAUUCAGGGCGACACAUCAGACCAUGACAAUAUGGCACAUGCUGCAGAUGGUAUGGUGAAAAUUAUAUCCAGUCAUUAUAAGAGAACUGCCAAAGCAGCAUCCCAUGAACCUGGAGGCCCGUGUAAUAUCGGGUCUACAAACAGAUAUCUGCUCAAUAAGAGCUGCUGUCCAUCCUCCACUGAGAAAACUGCUGCCAAGAGUUCAAGUUUGCACAAAACACAAGACAAAGCCAAGGAGUUCCAGCAGCUUGAGGAUGUUUAUGCAUUUACAGAAGACACACCAAAAAUUAGUGUGAGAAAGAAAUCCUCUAAUACAUCCAGAGUGGAAAGCAGUCCACCAAGUAAUCCUCAGACUCUCUCCAAGUCUGCUAAAAGACGUCGGCUUACAAAGGCUGCCAAGGCAAAUGAGAAGAAAAAGCUGUUCAGUGAUACGGACACAGACAACAUGACGGAGAUUAGCUGGUUAUACUCAGCCAACAGGAAACCCAAGCCCAAAGUGGCAGACUACAGCAGGCAGCCGGUUAAACCCAUCUUUCCACCAGCUGACACUGCAUUUAAAUCACCAUAUACACCUUUACCUUCGCCAAAACCAGUGAAAGAACAAAUCAAGCCAAAGCGGAAGAGACAGAAGAAAAUGGCUGAACAGGAGGAUAAAAGGCAGCCAAGCAUCAAUAAUAAGAAAGCCACAGGACGACCUCAAAGAGCUGCAGCCUUGACCAGAACCUACAGAGAGACGUCUGACUCAGACAACCAGUCCAGUCUGUCAGAGAGCGAAAAAGCACCACCCCCUAAGAAAAAAGCAGUUGGGCGAGCAGCCACGCUUCAGCAGACUGUCCCAGCUCGAGCCACAGAACAAGGAGAAAAGAGAGAGAAAACCUCUGUAGACAUAGCCAAACUACAAAAUGAGAAGAACGUACAGAAAAAGGCAGAUAAAGGCUUUGCAAAGAUUCUGGGAGGGGUCAGUCAGAAGACAGAAGGAAUCUUGGGCUGCAAGAUUAUCUUCCACAUUCGCCUCACCUCCCUCCGUUGA